UAGUAAAAUACUUUAUUAAAAGAAUAAUUAACAUUAGAAUUGACUUACUUGCAACAGAGCCUUUCUAAAGGACCACAGAGUUCCUUUAAGGGUGAUCUCUUAAAAGUAUUUGUUCUUAAAAAUCAUCAGAAGAGAAUUUAAGGUUGACGUUUUCCAAUCCAAGAAUCUCUCAAAGGUUAAGGCAAAGAAUCAGAAGUGAUAACAAUUAGAUCAUAUCUUUGAGCACCUAGUUUGGAAUUUUCCAUUUCACUGACGGGAAGGCAAAUACCUCUUGUCCUGGUACCUUCCUCCUGUCGCAGGUUUGUCACUCUGACCCUGAACCUUUGUUCAGCUCCACCCAGUGUGCCCCAGCUGCGGCCUCGCUGCCCGUUGGCCUCAGAGCCAGCUCUGGCUGUGCUGAGAUGGAGCUGCCCUGGCCAGGGCGGUGGCUGAAGAGGCUCUGGGUACUCUUGCAGGUGGCCCUACAUGUGGCUGUAGGCAAAGUCCAACUGACCCUAUUUCCCAGGAGAGUCAAGCAGAACAUCGUGGCCAUGAACCGGAAGAACCCUCAUUUUUCCUUUGACAACUGGCUCCCAACCCUCUUCAGUACCCAGUAUUUUUGGUUCGUCCUGAAGGUCCGUUGGCAGCAACUGGAGGACACAACUAAGGAAGGAGGUCUGGCCCCAAACUGCCCUGUGGUCUGCCUCUCAGGACAGAGGUGCAACAUUUGGGACUUCAUGCAAGGCAAUAGACCAUUGGUGCUGAAUUUUGGAAGUUGUACCUGACCUUCAUUUCUUUUGAAAUUUGAUCAAUUCAAGAAACUUAUUGAAGACUUUAGUUCCAUAGCAGAUUUUCUUGUCAUUUACAUUGAAGAAGCACAUGCAUCAGAUGGCUGGGCUUUUAAGAACAACGUGAAAAUCAGGAACCACCGGAACCUCCAGGAACGCCUGCAGGCAGCCCGUAUGCUGCUGGACAGAAGCCCCCAGUGCCCUGUGGUGGUGGACACAAUGAAGAACCAGAGCAGCCACCUCUACGCGGCACUGCCUGAGAGGCUCUAUGUGCUCCAGGAGGGCAGGAUCCUCUACAAGGGUAAACCUGGCCCUUGGAACUAUCAUCCAGAGGAAGUUCAUGCUGUUCUGGAAAAGCUCCACAGUUAAUCUGGACAGAUCUCCCAGUUCUAGGUGACCAACAGGAAGACUUCUCAAGGCCUGGCUCUCCCCACAACCUAGCUGGCUUUUACUUCUUGAUCUGUGUCCACAGUCGAAUCACUAGCUCAGCUUUUUCCGAUCUAAGCAAAUAAUUGUGAUAAUCAGAAAAUGAAGCAGCAAGUGAGCUGAGUGUUAAAGAAUGGACAACUCCACACUGCCUCCGCUGUGGAGGUCUCGUGCACUUACCCUGCGCGAUGUCGCAGAGUGUGAGAGCAGUCGCAUUCCACAGGCGUACUUCUCCUGUCACUCUAAUACCAAGUGGUGAGAUAUGGCAUCCUUCAUAUCAGGUUAAUGCAUUUUACCAAAUUUUCCAUUUAUGGAAUUGAUGAUUUAAGAUACUAAAUUGGUUUUUAGAACCAAGCAUAGGGAGAACUCCAGAUGUUUAGAGAGGAAGGAGGAAAUGGAAGAGGAGAGAGUAGGGAUGGGAGGAGACAGUAAAGAUGGUAAUCCUUUCCUUGACAAAAGACUGAAACCAGUCAGUGGUGAUGGUAAUGAGGGGUGAGUUUCCAUGGUAACACCUCCACUUCUACCGUAGAAAAGGAGGAGACUCACUUCACGAUCAUUAAAUAUAUUUUUCAAAGAAAUCUAGCUCUCUGUACCCUGGAAUCUUCCUCUAUCUUUACUUAUCAACAAAGUCACUUGGAGGAUUGGCUUCCCAAAUACUUUAUAUCCUUAAUCAAACUAGACAACAGGCACAAGCAAAGCUGUCAUCAGUUAUAUAAGAGCUCAUAUCUGAAAUUCUGUUUCUCUGACUUUUUUGCAAGUCUCCUAAUGGUCAUUUGUGUUUAGUUAUAUCAGCCUAAUGGAUAUCAUUGCUAUUCAUCUGUUUUAACUCUGCUUCUUUUCAUAUUUGUUUAUGACGGCCACAGCUUAAAGUACACACAGCUGUGACUUGAUUUGAAAAAAAUAUAUAUUUUAAGAUGCAGCAAGUUAAUACAGAAUGAUUAAAAUAUAUCAGCCUAUUA